AUGUCAAUCAAGAAUGUCGGCCUCGUAGGCGGAACCGGCACGAUCGGUGAACCCAUCCUCGAAGCACUCAAGACGUCCUCCUUCAACCUCAGCGUGAUCAACCGGGCAGGCUCCAAGUCAACAUAUCCUGGGACUCACGUCGUUACCGUACCCGACGAUCUCAACGUCCCAGAUCUCACGCGCCUAUUGAAGGAGAACAGCAUCGACGCCCUCAUCCUAGCCAUCAAGCCCGCUCAAGUAGCCCAGAACAAGCGCCUCAUCGAAGCCGCCUUCAAGUCCGGAGUGAAGCGCGUCAUCCCCGCCGAGUUUGGCAGCGUCGACUCGGCAGACGCCAAGACGCGGGAGGUCUACCCUAUCGCGGAUUGCAAGAAGGAAGCGCGCGACUACCUCAUCUCGCUGCAAGACCAAGAGCGAGGUGAAGGACAGGGAAAGCUGAGCUGGACAGGCCUCGUGCCUGCGCACUUCUUCGACUGGGGACUUGGCAAUAGCUUACUUUGCUUCGACGUUGCGAAGCGUAAGGCGUAUAUUCAGGAUGGCGGCGAUAUCAAGUUCAGCGCCUCUAACCUACCAUUCAUUGCGAAGGCUGUAGUGAGGGUCCUCGAGAGGCCAGAGGAGACAGCGAAUAAGCUCCUGUAUAUUCAGAGCUUUCAUGUGACGCAGAACGAGGUGUUGGCUGUGCUCGAGAAGAUCACAGGUAAAAAGUUUGAGAUUAUCAACCAGAAAAGUGAGGAGAGGUUGAAGGAGUUGAGGCCGAAGAUGUUGGAGGGUGAUUUCCACGCUACAGAAGAGACGGUCGGCAUCUGGGGCCUUGUGGCGAGUGAUUGGGAAGGUAAGACUGCGAAUGGUAUGCUGGGCCUGGAGGAAGAGAGUCUUGAGAAAACGGUUAGGGAGGUGUUGGCGAAGCAGUGGAGGUCUUAA